CCCCAAGACGCCGUCCUUGGCUUAUAUAUGCACCGAUGGCACUCCCCCGUACAUCGUCGACUUAGCCUCUUCCUGUCCGUCAGCCUGUCCCCUUCAAAUCUUUCGUGUCCACUUCCACUUGCUUCGUUCCUCCAAUCCAUCGGCCGUAGUAGCUAUCCGUCCUCUCCUCCGCUCGUCAUGGCUUCCACGAGCUUCGGCAGCGAGGUCCCGCGGAGCGGCGGCGCCGGGAGCGGGCCCCUCGGCGUGCGCGGCGCGUCGCGCAAGAUCGGCAAGACGGGCACCGGCGGGCAGCAGGACCGGAAGCCGGUCAUCAUCUACAUGGUGUCCCCCAAGGUGAUCCACGUCGAGGCCCACGAGUUCAUGCCGCUCGUGCAGCGGCUCACCGGCCCGGACGCCGGCCGCGGCGACAAUAAGAGCAGGCCGUCAACGUCGUCGUCCUCACCAACGCAGGAACCGGAAGGCGCGCGCAACAAGGGCGCCGGGGUCAGGACGGCGCCGCCGGUGCGCGUCAAGGCGCGCGCCCUGAACCGGCCCUCGGGCGGCCCGGCGGUGUCGGUGUCGGUGACGGCCACGAGGCACCAGGCUGCCGCUCCCUCGGGGGCAGCCACCGCUGCGUCGCCCUCGGGAUUCAUGUUCCAUGACCUCAGCCCGCUUCGCGGCGCGGCGCUCAAGAGCGAGCACCCCCUGGUGUCCCCUGGAUGGCUGCACCACGUCGGCGACCACUUCCUCAGCCCCGGCGCCGCAGCUGUGCUCGGCUCGCCGUCGGCCGGAUUCCUCGACAUCUUCGGGCCGCUGUCCUCGCAGCAGCAGUGAUCGAACCAACCGGUGAGCGGUGACAUGACAUGCAUGGCCAGCAUACGCUAGGGUUUCUGCAUGCAUGCAUGGACACCGAGAUCGAGGAGGCCAUGCAUGCAUAUACUGGUUCGGUGUUUGCUUAGACUGGUUCAGCAACUGUAUAUAGUUUUGGUUCUGCACUUUUCCCUUCGAUCCGAUCAUCCAAUCGCUUCACAACAACAUGAGAGACAAGAAUUCGAAGCUGCUGCUGCUGCACUCGUCUAGACGAUGAAGAUUGAAUUGGAAGCAAGGAGGAGGGGACAAAGGGGGCACAUACAUCGGAUGUACAUGGAGUUCUCUGAUCUUGUAUCUGUUCUUGUUUAAUUUCCCUUGAUUAGAAGUUUGUGAUGUGAGUUUUUGAUGCAAAGACUGUUUUGGUUUUGGUGCAGUGCUAGUUGUACAUUAAUAAUGUAUGUAUGGUACCAUUUGGUACACUACUCAUGGAAUUCAUUUAUUUAUUGAUUCGUUUUA